UGUGUCUGUGUGUCCGUUCCUGUUCUUAGCUCUGUGUGUGUGUGCGUGCUUGUUCUUGCCUCUGUGUCUGCGUGUGCGUGUGUGCUUGUUCUUGUCUCUGUGUCUGCGUGUGCGUGUGUGCUUGUUCUUGUCUCUGUGUCUGCGUGUGCGUGUGUGCUUGUUCUUGCCUCUGUGUUUUUUCCGCUGCCCUAACCACUGGGACAUUGCGCCUCCACAUUGUAGCUUGCUACUGCACAUGCGUUACUUCCACGCUGAAUGUUGUCAAUACGAUGCCGUCUUGAAGAGAAGAAAUUCUAAAGAUGCGACUGUAAGAAUGUCAGAUGACAUUGGCAUAAUGAUCAUUUCUCCAUCCAGGCCCUUCAUCAAUAUUCAAUUGACUUUUAAAGACUGAAGGAACAUGUUAUACAGAACAGAUGUAAUACUGUUUCUAUAACUCUAUGCAGAAUUACAGACUGUCUGGAUUCUGUGCAACAUGAAUUUGUAAAUAGAUUUGAAUAAAUUUACAAAGGAAUUUGCUGCUUCUUCAGAUAUCAUGAAGAUUGCAGUUGAUGGAAAAUGUAACAGUCGAAAAUAUUUGUAACAAAUAUAAGUGCAAAACAAGAAAUCUAUUGUGGUGGAAGAAGAAAAGAUAAAGGAAAAUUAAUUAAUGUGAAGGACUUAUAAAAGGUUAAUUUUAUGUGCAUCAGCAUGGCCGCAGCUCUGAGCUGAAACUUUGAAAUGAAAUGAAAAAUAUGCUGAAUUGUCUUUUAAAGACUAAAGGAACAUGCUCUACAAACCAAAUGUAAUAUUGUUUCUAUGAAUCUAUGGUGAAUUAUUGUGGAAUAUUUCAUCUGAACUGAGGUGAAUAGCUACAUUUCUCUACUUUAUGGUCUGGAUUGUGUGCAAGAUGGAUUUGUACAUCAAAUAAAUCCAAGGAAAUUUACAAAGGAGUUUGCAGUUCUUCAGAUAUCAGUGACGAUCGCUGUUGAUGGAAUAUAUAACGGAGGGAAACAUUUGUAAUAGAUAUAAUAUCAGAGCAAACACAAGGAAGCUAUGUGCAUACUGAGGUGAGAGAAGAAAGAUUGCGGAAAAUUAAUUAAUGUGAGAAUUAAUUAAAAAGGGUUAAUUUUAGAUGAAGAGAUGCUGAAAGUGAUAGAAAAAUCACCACAUGUGUGUGACAUUUGUAAUAAGUCUUUCUCUCAUAAAGGGAACUUAAUUACUCAUAAACGUAUUCAUACAGGAGAGAAGCCAUAUCAUUGUGACAUUUGUGGUAAAUCAUUCUCUCGGAGUAAUAUACUGACCACACACAAACAGAUUCAUACUGGAGAGAAGCCAUAUCGCUGUGACAUUUGUGAUAAAUCAUUCUCUCAAAAUGUUAAUCUCAGUAUUCACAAACGGAUCCAUACAGGUGAGAAGCCAUAUCAGUGUGAUAUUUGUGGUGAAUCAUUUGCCCGGAGUGAUAUAUUGAUCACUCACAAACAGAUCCAUACAGGAGAGAAGCCAUACCGCUGUGAUAUCUGUGGUAAAUUAUUCUCUCGGGGUGAUAUACUGUCUACACACAAACGUAUUCACACAGGAGAGAAGCCAUAUCGCUGUGAUAUCUGUGAUAAAUCAUUCUCUCAAAAUUCUAAUCUCAAUACUCACAAACGAAUUCAUACUGGAGAGAAGCCAUACCAGUGUGAUAUUUGUGGUGAAUCAUUUUCCCAGAAUCAUCACUUGACAUAUCACAAAUACAUCCAUACAGGGGAAAAACUAAAUCACUGUGACAUCUGUGGCAAAUCGUUCUCGUUAAAGCAUCAUUUAACUAAACACAAACUUUGUCACACUGGAGAGAGACCAUAUCGCUGUGAUAUCUGUGGUAAAUCAUUCACUGAAAAUGGUGUUUUGACUAAGCAUAAACGCAUUCAUACAGGAGAGAAACCAUAUCAUUGUGACAUAUGUAGCGAUUCGUUCUCUCAGAAUAGUUUUUUAAUUAGACAUAGACGUAUUCACACUGGAGACAAACUAUUUCAUUGUGAUAUUUGUGGCAAAUCAUUCUCUGAAACUGGUUACUUAACAAAACACAAACGCAUUCACACCGGCGAGAAACCUUACCAUUGCAAUGUCUGCAGUAAAUCGUUUUUUCAAAGUAAUCAUUUGAAUGCUCACAAACGUAUUCAUACAGGAGAGAAACCAUAUCACUGUGAUAUCUGUGGCAAAUCAUUCUCUGACAAUGGUGGCUUAAGUAGGCAUCAGCGCGUACAUACAGGAGAGCGACCGUAUUGUUGCAAUAUCUGUGGUAAAUCAUUCUCUCAGGGUUGUAACUUAACUACCCACAAGAGUAUUCACACAGGAGAUCAUUGUGAUAUCUCUGUUAAAGGAUUGUCUGAGACUGGCCCUUAACCAAACAUAAGCAUGUUCAUACAGAAGAGAAGCCAUAUCAUUGUGAUCAUGCAAUCAUACAGAAGUGAGGCCAUAUCAUUGUGAUAUCUGUGAUAAAUCAUUGUCUUGAGUUCAUCAUUUGAUAACCCUUAACCCUUUAGUAUUCAAAUUAUUCUGUCAAAUGUAAAGCUUAUGUAUUCACACCAUGUAAAAUUAAUCUUGAUUCAUUUUAUGGCUUUGAGAUUUCAAUUAUGUGAUUGUUUAUUUUUAAAAUGACACAAUAAGGCAGCUAUGACUCACCAUAUCUGACUAGUUUGAACAUAAAACAGGUAGAAUAUUUUGGCCAGAUAUGGCCGGUUUAAGCACUAAAGGGUUAAAUGCAAUCAUAUAGAAGAGAAGACAUAUUGUGAUAUCUGUGGUAAAUCAUUCUCUCAAAAUGGUGAUUUUAACUACUUGGAAAUGUACUCGAACAGGAGAGAAACUGUAUCAGUGUAACAUAUCUAUUAAAUCAUUCUCACAGUGUGGAAACUUAACUAAACACAAAUAUAUACAUACAAGAAUGAAAUUGUAUCACUACUAUAUCUGUAGCAAAUCAUAAUCUAAAUAAAUGUUACUUAACAAAGCA